CUCGAAAAUUGACGAGGAUCGUAUAGCUGAAGUGAAAUAUUCUUUAUUUUGGGGUUGUAGUCACGGAAACAGCGGACAUUUUGUGGCGAUAGAGGCUCUGAAAUGGCCAAAGAGUACGACCAUCUUUUCAAAUUACUUAUAAUUGGCGAUAGUGGAGUUGGUAAGAGUAGUCUACUUCUACGCUUUGCAGAUAACACAUUUGCAGGUACCUACAUUACGACUAUUGGCGUCGAUUUUAAAAUUCGUACCAUUGAUGUGAAUGGUGAAAAAGUCAAACUACAGAUUUGGGAUACAGCUGGUCAGGAGCGGUUCCGGACCAUUACAUCAACAUAUUACCGUGGUACACAUGGUGUUAUAGUAGUGUACGAUGUAACUGCUGCUGAUUCAUUUGUCAAUGUCAAACGAUGGCUUCAUGAAAUAGAUCAGAAUUGUGAUGAUGUUGCAAGGAUAUUGGUUGGUAAUAAGAAUGACUGUCCGGAGAGGAAGGUAGUGGUAACAGAAGAUGCCAAGAGGUUUUCAGAACAAAUGGGUAUAAAAUUAUUUGAAACUAGCGCUAAAGAUAAUAUCAAUGUAGAAGAGAUGUUCAACGCAAUCACACAGUUAGUGCUCAAUGUGAAAAGACAAAAUCAAGAGCAGUUACGGAACAGAACGUCUGACAAUAUCAAAGUAGAUAAAAACAGCAAAAAAAGACAUAGGUGUAAAGCAUGCUCAUAAUAUUACUUAGUAUUAAAAUACUAUGAAGUCAUUGUCACUGUUCCUGUCCCUGUUUUUCAGUAAUACUUGGAAGUGCUCUUGUGACUUUGUUUGUCAUUUAUAUAUAAAUUUCCCCCAGAAUAACAUGGUUUAUUGAAAAAAAUAAAAAUAAAUCACUUAGUAGAGCUUUCAGCGAAAUAUAAUUUAAACUUUCAGAAUUUAGUCAUGUGAAAUAUUUCCAGUACAGAGCAUUACCAAAUUUGACCAUGAUUGCCAUACACUUGUUACCAUUCUGUUGCAUGGAAUUGA